AAUAUCCAAAGAUGGACAUUUCUUUGUCCUAGCUCAUUUAGUAUUUAAUAUAGAUAGUUUAAAUAGAUUUAAGUAGGAUUUCAAUAUAGUAUUUUAUUUACAAUGUUAAGAACAAUUAACAGUAAGGGAACAAGCACGGGCGCUUUUCGCUAUUGUGUCAGAAAGUGAAAUGUUUUUGCAGGGUCGUGUUAUAAUUGUUUGGUUAUCUUGGCUUAUCGGUGGCGUAUGCGGAGUUUUUAUUUUGUUAGUUAUUAUAUGUUACUGCCGCCUAAUGCCUCGUCAUCAGAAAUCAUUAGACGAACAAUAUCUAAAAGAAAAUUACACUAUCAAAGAGAAUCAUGCAUACAGUAAUCAAGACAAUUAUAGAAUGAAACAUGCAGAGGUACAGGUGCAGCGAGUGUCCCGCCCCGCCAGCUACGCCGGAGACCAGGAGGGCAGGAGGGCGCAGUCCUCCCACUGCUACGUGAACAGGGUCCCGGCCCGGCCGCCCGCCGCGCUGCCUCCGCUCCCGCACCACAGCACGCAGUACGCCUCCAGCUCCAUGCUAGAUGAAAUAGACAGUGGUGCGAGUGUAGACGCGCUGAAGACCAGGUCCCUGCCGGCGUUCCUGCGGCCCAAACCGCGCCCGCUGUCCACCGAGGACGACCUGCAGCAGCUCUACGCGAAGGUGAGUCUCAGCAAGAAGUACAAGAACAGAAUGAGAAACGAACACGCCGCGAUAAUAGCUCUCAGCAAGUCCCACAGCCAGUUCUUAGACGCUGAUGCGGUCAUAGUCUAUGAUCAGAGGACCGCCUUGUGAGUGAAGCCGCACAAGGUUACUUCGAUGACCGGCGACUGUUGAUAGCUUAUGUUUACGUCAAGUUAAGUUUUGAUAACCAGCAACUUGAACCGGCGAGUGAGCGCUUUGUUUAAUAGAAGCCGGUUCAACACAACAAAAUGUGUUUGAUACUCAAUGCGUGUUUAUUAUGAAAUAAAUAGUAGAGUAAUAAAUACAUACAAUACAAUAGCACGUUAGAUACAACCCUUGACCGUUAGUUCAGUCGUAUUAGUUGUAAAUCUAAUCCUAAACCACUUUCCCAAACAUAUCUGUAACUAGUAAUUAUCUUAGAUUAAUAAUUCAUUUUCUAUAUCAUAAACUAUAAUAGGAGAAAUAUUAUUUUUAAAAUAAAAAAAUCAUUUGUCGGGAAGGCUUAGUGAUUUACUCGCCGAUCCAUUAGUUGUCGGUGAUAAAAACUUGUCGAUCCGUGAAUUAAAUACACAAACUAACAUAGUUUCACAUUUCAAGUACAACAGCUUUGUAAAGAGCAUACUUGUGCGAAACACGCGCUCGGUUCGCAAAUUUGUCCCUCAUAACUUUGAAAGGAUUUUCCGCUGAAGAAGUCAGGACAUGGGCCAUGGGAUGGGGCAUUCAUGACCUCUACUGAACAUCUCAUGCGACUGGCGAGUAGGUAUAGCGUACGGAAGAAGUACAGACGUCCACAU